AUGUUGUCGGCUGUCGUUGCGGCGCUCGCGGUUGCGCAAGGCGCGUUCGCGCACGAGCAUGUUAUGCAUCGUCGGCUUGAGGGCGAGGGCGACGCGGCGUGGCAUCAUCCGCGCGACCAUCCGAUCUCGCAGCUCUUCAAGCGCUCGUUCCCGACCGACGGCGCGACAUACCCCACCGUGGGCUCUUCUGCUUGGAUCGCGUCGUUCCCCUCCGGCGACGCUACGCCCACUUCCGUUCCCGCUGCAUGGACGUCCGCGCUCGCUGUUGCGCGUGCGGAGGGCAAGAUCCCCGCGCUGAGCAAGGUGCCGGUCGCGACUAUGGGCAGCGACGGGAACCCGCAGUACUCCACUGGCGACCCCAACUCUGCGAGCAGCGUCUGCUCGGUUACGUAUGGGUGUCAGCUGGACACGCAGCUGUGGGACGCGCCGGAUGGGGUGUUGGGUAUUUCGUUUGACGAUGGGCCGUUGCCUGAGAGCUCGCCGGCUCUGUAUAGCUUCUUGACUGAGCACGGGAUCCCGGCUACGCACUUCUUCAUCGGCGCCAACAUCCUCUGGAACUCGGACGAGUUCUCAGCGGCGUACGCCACGGGCGGCGAUCUUGCAGUACACACUUGGACACACCCCUACAUGACGACCCUCACCGACGCCCAAGUCCUCGCCGAGCUCGGCUGGACGAUGCAGAUCAUCCACGACUCGUCGGGCGGGCGUGUGCCGCGCUUCUGGCGCCCGCCGUACGGCGAUACCGAUGCGCGCGUCACCGCGAUUGCGAGCGCGGUGUUUGGGCUGAAGACGGUUAUUUGGAACCAUGAUUCGGACGAUUGGGCUAUCACUUCGGCGUCGGAGCAGACUACUGCGGAGAAUAACAUCAAGUCGUGGUACCAGGGCUCCCAAUCGCCCGGUCUCAUCAUCCUCGAGCACGAGCUCCGCGACUACACCGUCAACACGUUCAUGGAUACCUGGUCCUACGCCGUCGCAGCGGGAUGGACCGUCAAGUCCGUCGCCGAGCUCGACGGGACUAACAAGCCCUAUCAAAACGCCGUCGGGCCUACGGGUGCAGUUACAAGCCAGGCUGUCGUUACCGCUGCGACGAAGACGACCGCCACAACAAAGGCUACAUCUACCACUACGACAAAGGUCACGACUACAUCCGCAGCCGCGACGUGCGGCGUGAAGAGGAGGUACUCUGGUGCAUACCAGAGGAGGUCAAGUUUGUGA